UUCGCUACCACAUGUAAUAAAUCAUUUGUAUUUGUGUCAAUUUUCAUGUUCGUCUCAAUAAUUUGCGAAUCAGCGUGUAAACGUCAGUUUCUUAGUGGUAGUAAUAAAAGCAGUUGAAAAUUUUACCUUUUCUCACAUUAUGUCAACAUGAAACGUAAGGCAGAAUCAUCUAGAAAAGUUGACCCCAGUUUGGAAGAUGGCCAACCUGAAGUUGAGGAAAAUGAAAUCGAAGAUUCUGAACAGCAAUGGGAUGUCGCCUCAGAUAGGGGACCCAGUGGACUCAAGAAAGUUUUGAAAAAACGCAAACAAGAUAAACAUGUUACAUUCAAGGAAGAUGCUCCAGGGAUUAUACCAGAUAUUUGUUCUGCAGAAAUCGAUCCGGAAGAAGAAGACAAUUACUCUGAUAAAGAAAACAGUGAUGUAGAGGAAGAGAAUAUGCAAGUAGAAGAACAAUAUUUUUCAGGGGAGGAAAAUGAUAAUCACGCGGAGGGAGAAAACAAAAAUUCUUCAGACAAAGAUAGCAGUAGUUCAUCAGAUGAAGAAAUGAAAAAUGGUUCAGAGAAGCAUAACAAAAAUUUAUCACAUGAAGAAAUGAAGAAUUCUGCAGACGACGAUAACAAAAGUUCUUCAGAGGAAGAUGACAAAUCUUCUUCAGAGGAAGAUAAGGAUUCUUCUUCAAAGGACGAAAACCAAUCUUCUUCAGAGGAAGAAGAUAAAUCUCCCUCAAAGGAAGAAAAGAAAUCUUCCUCAAGUUCAUCUUCGGAUGAGGAUAAAGAUGAUAAAGUUGAUUUGCCAAAAAGGAGAAAUGCUUCACAUAGGUUAGACGCAGAUAAUGUUGAAACCGAAGAUGAAGGCAGGGCAUCUCCAGAGUAUCCAAGGGAUCCUUCGAAAAGUCCUAGUGAAGGAUUCAUAUCAGACGACGCAAAUAGGUGUCCUGAUUGUGGAAAUGGUAUAAGUUCAACGCAUAAUGGAAAUGAAAUGGAAAUAUAUGAGAGUCGAGAAGACGAUGAUUAUCUGGGGAGAGGAAAUUCCAGACCACGAGAGCGAAAUUGGAAUGAAAAUAUCGAUAACAUUCAGGAAGAAGAAGCAGAAGGAGGGGACGGAGGAGACGGAGGAGACGCUGGAGAAGAAGGAGGCGAAGAAGAAGGAGGCGAAGAAGAAGGAAAUGGGGAAGAAGGAAGUGAAGAUGAAGAAGAAGAUGAAGGAGAAGAAAGGGAUGAAGAAGAAGAAAGUGAUGAAGAAAAUGAAGAACCCCUUCCUCAUCCCUAUGAAGAAGAACAUGAAGAAACGGAAGAUGAAGAUCAAGAAAGUGAUGAAGAAAAUGAAGAAAUGGAAGGUGAAGAAGAUAUAGAAGAGGUACUUGAAGAUAUGGAAGGUGAAGAAGAUGAAGGAGGAGGAGGAGAAGGAGGAGGAGGAGAAGGAAGAGAAGGAGAAGAAGGAAGAGAAGGAGAAGAAGGAAGAGAAGGAGAAGGAGGAGAAAGAGAAGAAGUACCGAGAGCAAGUAAUAGCCGUCGCAGACGCUCACUGCGGAUAAGUAUUCCUCUGACCGGUUUGCCAAAAAAUAUUUUGGAGAAAUACGAAAAGAAACGCAAGGAAAAAUGAAGACAGGAUAGAGAUAAACAUUCAUGAUCUUAUUUGCUUUUACAGCAUAUUCGUGUUUUUUUAGUUUGUGAUCCAUGUAGAGCUGUUAUAUUUUAAAAGUAUCUAUAUGUAGUUUUGACAAAUAUAUUAUAUUAAUAUUU